CGUCGGUCACGCCAGCGAGCCAGUCAGCGGAACGCUUGGGAGGCGGGGACCCGGAAGGGAAGGGGCUCUGGGUUUCGUGUGAGUCUAGCUGGAAGACAAGGCAGAGGCGGCCGUCACCAUGUUUCAGUUUUUGGUUGGCUUUGCGCUUGGCAAUGUAGUUGGGAUGUAUCUGGCCCAGAACUAUGAUAUUCCAAACCUUACAAAGAAGAUUGAAGACAUCAAACGAGAUGUGGAAGCUAGGAAGAAGCCUCCAAGUGACAAAUGAUGAUGAUUUUGGCCAUCUCUGUACAAGCAUAGAUGAUGUAGUUUCUCCAGUGGGUGGAGCUCUUGAUGUGGCUUUGGAGAAUGGCCUGGAAUUGGAGGACUUGACUGCCCUUCGUCUGACUGCUGAAGUCACCACUUUACCAUGGGACCUUCUAGCAGUUUCUGGACAUUUGACUUUUUUUAGCCCCUUGUGUGAUAGGGGAAAGAAACCCCCCAGAGUAUUUAGAUUAUUGUCAUGUGUGUGGUAAUGUUGUACAUUAAGUAUUAACGUGUUUUGGGUACAGAGAAAUGAAAUUCCUAUCACUGUUCCAGCUCGCCAGUUUGUAAAAUUAUGGACUGUUACAGACUCGUGAAUCAAAUUAAAACACAUACAUUAGGAAGGAUCGUCCGCAGAUGAUUCCCCCCCCCCCCAAUAUAUUCUGUAGCACAAUGUUAAAGUCUUUUUUAUACAACUUGUUAAGUACCAAACCACUGGUGAUAAAACCUCAUCUUUGUUCUCAGAGUGAACUUUGCUGGCUUUAAAGUUGUUGGGGUUUGUGCCUUGCUGAGGACGGGCAUCACAAGAAGAACGAACCAAGAAGUCCUUUGGCUCGUGUGUUUUGUUCAGGUCCCUUCCAGCAUGCAAACUUACAGAAUUAAACGGUAGUUUAGAGUCUUGGGUUGUCGGAGAGAACAAACCAGUUUUUAGUUUCGCUUGAUUCAAACAUUACAACAUACUGCCAGUCUACUUAGACAAAAAGGAGGGACCGGUGGAGCUUGAAAUUUGAAGGAUUUCCUGGCUUGUUCUUGUUGCUCAUUACUUGUGAAUCCUGCCACAGUAGCUUGCCCAAGGGCACAUGAUGACUUUUUGCCAAAUAAGAUUUAAGUCUAGGUUUUCCAAUUCCAUGUAUGGCAUGCUUACCACUCACCAGUUGACAUUCUCUUGGGGCAUAAAUUAAUGAGAACUUCUUGUAUUCCUCCUACUUUGGUUCCCUUAGUAAACCCCAAGAGACAGUAUUAGUUGGGAGGGGGAAGGCUCCCAUGGAGAAGACUUUAUGGAUCUUUCCACUUCCUAAACUUGGGAUGGUGAACCAUUGGUGCUUAAAACAUAUCUGUUACCCUGAUGCUUCCAUCCAGUUUUAAUAAAAGUGGAUGUGUGAGAGAGACUCCGUGCUUCAGUACUGCAUUUUUUUUCCAGUUGGUACUGCAUGUAAUGCUCCUACAGAUGAACUCUUAGAGACUUUAUUCAAAAGGUUAUUUUACCGCACUCUUUCAAUGUUUAUUGACCUUCAGAGCAGCUUGCAAAAUCCAUAAAACAGUAUGAGCAGACUUAGGAGCACUAAAGCAAUUACAUUUUGCAGUGAGACUUCCUAAUUAAGAUCCUCUGUGUGUCUUUCAACAGUGGCAUGUGGUGUUCAUUAAUGGCUUCCGACCAGUCCAAAUCUUGAUAAAUUAGCCCAUGUGCCUUCUUGCAUUGCCUCAUGGGAACGUUAGUCCCCUCUACCCACAUCUGCAAAAAUCUUGUUUUUAAAACUUGGAUACAAAUAAAAACAGAUGCAUCUUGAUACUUGUUAUUACUGUAGUGUUCUAGGCAUGCAAUGCCAGCCCCGAAAAUUAAAAGGAAAAA